UUUCAUUGUUGCUGGAUUUGGGAUAACAUUAUCUCCGUCGAAUUCACGCCCCACCCCUUCGACCGUUAUUUCGACAUGCCGGCGCCAGCAGCUGGCAGUCUCACUUGUUCCGCGUUGCGGAGUCGAGAUCUUUGCGUUACGAGUCGUGGCUGGUGACUCGUGUUACAGCCGACACACGUGACGCCGCUCAUGAUUCUACUUGACAUUGUGAACGGAUUAAAUUGCGAUUUCAGUGUGAUGCGGACGUAACAUUUAUUUAACCCAAAUUACCAUUUCGAGCAAGGAUUUACUUCGAGCGAAUUCGAGUUCUAAACGCGUAACUUGCAAGGUGCGCAGCCAGUAGCAAGUAUGAAGAGUCGUCCUAAUAAUCGAAGGCCGGGUGACACCCAAGGGAGCGACAUUGAAAGUACUGAACCUCUGAGGCUCGACUUGAAAUCUUUCGAUGAUAUGCUUCCACACGUUGGAGAUUUUGGGUUCUAUCAGUGGCUCCUGCUAAUCUCUUUAAUUCCAUAUUGUUUUACGUACUCUGUGCUUUAUUUUGGGCAAUUUUUCAUCACUUUGGUUCCUACUACAUAUUGGUGUCACGUUGAUGGACUGGGAAACUUAACAAUCGAGGAAAGACGCAACGAGAAUAUACCACAAUUAUUGAAUGCAGAUCCACCCUAUGAGACUUGCCACCGGUGGAAUGACAGUAGUGCCAAGGAGAACAGCAGUUUAGUGAGUUGUACCACUUGGGAGUACAACUUGACUUCGAUUCCGUACAAAAGCUUGGCUGCUGAGCUCGACUGGGUGUGUGAUCGUUCGUACUUGGUCUCUACUGCCCAAUCAAUAUUCUUCUGUGGAUCGAUUGUUGGCGGUCUACUCUUCGGAUGGCUUGCGGACCACAAAGGGCGAAUACCUGCUCUCGUUAUUUGCAAUGGAGUAGGUCUACUUGCUACAGUCGCCACCGCCUAUGCUAAUUCCUUUUGGAGCUUCGCCGUCAUCAGAUUUUUCGCUGGACUAGCGUUUGACAACUGCAUCAACAUUCCACUGAUUAUUGUACUGGAGUACGUGGCAGUGGAUAAACGUAGUCUAGUGGUUAACGGUGCCUUUGGAUUUUACUUUGCGCUGUCAAGUACAAUUUUACCAUGGAUAGCCUAUUUCGUCGCAGACUGGAGAAUUCUAUGCUACGUGCUUGCAAUUCCAUUUCUAAAUGCCAUAGUCACGCCGUGGAUACUUCCAGAAAGUUCCAGGUGGUACAUGACCUCUGGUAUGUCGGACAAAGUUGUAACAAAAUUGAAAAGAAUCGCACAAUUCAAUAAGAAGACUCCAGAUCCUGCUAUUUACGAUGCAUUUAUGGCCAAUCAGGAGAAAGACGACCGUGAGGAGCAAACGGCUACAGUCCUAGACUUAUUUAAAACACGACGCCUGGCGAAACAUACGAUUCUUGUUACUCUGUUCUGGACACUGACAGCAUUGGCUUUUGACGGGCACGUUUAUUCCCUGAAAUCGCUAUCAGGAUCCGUGUUUGUGUCAUUUACACUUACAAGCGCAACUGAAUUGCCAGCUGGGAUUCUUCUUAUUCUGGUAUUAGAUCGAUGGGGCAGACGUGCUUGCUCUUUCGUUCCAACAAUUUUGACAGCGGUUUGCAGUUUUUUAAUGAUAUUCAUAAAAACAGGCGUUGCAUCAUUGGUGGUUGCAGUGAUUGCUAGGUUUUUGUUGAACAUGGCAGCAAACGUUGCUUUACAAUAUGCAGCUGAAGUAUUACCGACACCCGCUCGUGCCCAAGGCGUUGCCCUUGUUCAUAUUUUUGGCAUCAUUGCACAUUCGAUGGCACCUUACGUUAUCGAAAUGACACACAUAUGGGACAAACUACCAAUGAUAACGCUUACGCUAGUGUCAGUUGUAGCAUCAAUUCUAGUGCUGCAUUUACCCGAAACUAUGGGGGAGGAUUUGCCACAGACUCUUCAAGAAGGUGAAGACUUCUGUAGAGAGCAAAACUUUUGGUCUGUACCUUGUAUUAAAAAGAAAUCGAGGCCCGUUUGACGGUUCUUACCUUGGAAGAUCACACCGUAUAUUAAGUAUAGUGAUAAUGAUAAUGAUAAUAUAAUACUAGGUAAAUACAAACUAAAUGUUCGAA